CACCGUCAGACGCGGCGCUCACGCCGGUGACGCAGGCCGGAGCCGCGGCUCGGCUGCGUUAGUCGCUAUUCACGAAGAGGCGCGUACGCAAGAAACGGGCGCUGUGGCAACCAGGGCACGCGCGAGCUGAGGGCCGGCCAGCCCGGGGCUUGUGCUCAGUGACAAUUAAACCAGAUUAAGACAAUUCAGAUGAACACACAGUGUUGCUGAUGAUCACGCACAAUUCCAGCCUCUUUCACAGCUUCCUGACAGUGUAUGUUUGCUAAAAGAGCUCCUUGGGGACACAGAGCACUGUUUAAAGUCAGUAGGCGUCUUUAUGGUACAUUAUCUGUCCAGUCACCAAGUACAGCCAUUUUGGAGUAUUUUUAGGGAUAGGGAGAAUCCUUCUGAGGAAAAUUUGUGAUGGCACAACCUCGUAUCUCAGCCUACCUCCCCCCUGAUAUAGACCCCACAAAAGCUCCUCUGGCAUUUGGGAGGAGGGCCCUUCCUAAACUGAAUGAGGAGCUGCAGUCUCCCGAGCUGCUGACGCAGCAGCGGGCACUGAUGGCACUCUGCGAUCUAGUCCACGAUCCAGAAAAAGUCUACCAGGCAAUAGCAUUAGGAUUCUUCGAUAACCUGAAGACUUUGCUGGUACAUCAUGACCAAACUGUCCGCCAAAAAACAACAGAAGUUCUCUCUAUAAUGGCUUUGCAUAGUAUUGGCAGGCAAGGGCUAAUACAAAGUGGAGUCAUUUCUGCCCUCACUGGGCUCCUGGAUGAUCCAGUAGAUAUCUGUCGGAAGAACAUCCAUCAGAUUUUUGACACGAUGGCAAAAUUACCUGAAGGGGCUGGUGGUGUCCUGCGGGCCAAUUUGAUUACCCCACUGGUCCUGAAGUUGAAGACGGAGUUGGAUGAGAUCCAGGAGUUAAUUCUUGAUACCCUCUCCAACUGUCUCCAUGUGGAAGUUUCUGAAGCCCUGGCAGCUGGUGUUGUUACUGUCCUGAAGGAAAAGCUCUCACACCCCUCCACAGCCACCAGGAGCAAAGCAGCCUGGGUCCUGUUAGAAAUCAGUUCUCAUGCAGAGGGGAAAAUCGCGGUGUGUAAAGAAGGAGUGAUUCCUCUGCUGGUGAGCCUGCUGGAAGACACACAGCCCGAAGUUCGAGUUAACACAACAGGAGCGCUGAUGUUUGCUGCUGUUAGACCUCAGGGGAGAUCCUCAGCUACGGGUGCUGAAGCCAUUCCACCUUUACUGAAGCUGGUUGCUGAGGAAACCAGCAAAGCCCGUUUGAAUGCAAUCAAAACCCUCACCCUGCUGGCUGAGCUGCCAGAGGGCCGCCAGACACUGCUGGAUCACAGGGACACAUUUCAGCGGUGUCUGGAUGAUCCCAGCGAGGCCGUGCAAAGAGCUGCCCAAAUCGCCAUCACCGUGAUCGAAUGGAAACCCCUCUGCAGCCAGGAUCUUUUCUAGAGAUCUAUUGCCCUCUGUUGUUGUCUGGAUGUAAAAGGUACAUGAUUACAUGAGACCUUCAACACCAGAACUCUCUUCCUCACUUACUCUGGAUCAGUUCCUCCUGAAAAGUCACUUGCCAACAAUUUCACAUCGAUAUUGCGUGUCACAGUGGAGAAAAAAAUGGAGAAAGAAGUUAGGAAGUGUGGAGUUCUCCAAUAGGAGUUAUUGCCUAAGUUACCAAGAAUUUCUUAUGAAACACCAACCUUUUUUGUUUUCUUCUUAAUAUUCUCUUUUUUCUUUUUUUUGAAACCUCAGCCUAUCAAGCAUUAAUCAAUAAUUAAUUAUAUUAGACAGAAAGAUUCGCAAUUAGCCCCUCCAGCAGUCUUGUCUGUACUGACAAAUUGAUCUAACAACGGGAAUUUACAUGAAUUUUGCUGCAAACAUUUGUUGAACAUGGGAUUAAGACCAAAGUCGAAAAGCCUUUACUAGAGUAGCCUCUGGUAAAACUAAAAGAGGGCCAGACCCCUCUCCUGUUGAAGGAGAGCGGUCUGGCCCAUGUUUGGAAUUGCUGAUAGUACAGAACAAAAGCACCUCAAGGUUUGAGCUGAAAGGCAGUGGAAGUGGUGGGAAGUUUCAGUAGCAUUUUAUUCACUGUGAGUUCGAGGCUGGUCACUACAGACAUGUUGCAAACUUCUGUCUGCAGUUACAAGAGUGUAGUUUAAGAGGCUUCAGCAUGAGGCCUGGGCAAAGAAGUAACACAAAUGAGCAGGACAACCCUGGCUAUUCUCAGCCACCGAAGAAGAUGUGACAGAGCAGCUGGUGCAGCUUCACAGCACAUCCCAUUUGUUUUCACUUGGGUUUUGUUCUCACAUAGAAGUUUUAUAUCUAGAAUUGUAGCUACAAAGAAGCUGCAUCAGGUUUAUAAAAGGGGUUAUUUGUCAGGGCUGCUUUUCCAUUCAAACCCACGGUCACACUGCACACUGCAUUACCCUUACACACAGUAUAAACUCUUCCUGUAGGAAUGAUUACAGUUAAAAUGUUUCUCUUCCGUAAUGUAACCAAAGGGUGAAUUUCUUCUCCUAUAAAGAUGUCAUUUAAAAAUA